AUGAAGGAGGCCACAGACAUCUUGCUGACAAAUCAUUGGCUAGUAUGGAACGAACAUAGUAAACUGAGAGCAGACGGUCAGCAGAAAGUCCUGUCCAACUACUACAAGGCUCAGAUGUCCUACUAUGUUGACUGUGAUGAUGUGGCCCUGAGGCACAUGGCCAAGCUCCUUAAGGAGCAGUCACAUGAGCAGAACGAGCAUGCAGAGAUGUUUCUGACAUACCAGCACAAGAGAGAUGGAUGCAUUGUCCUGCAGGAUAUCAGGAAGCCAGAGCGGGAUGAGUGGGGGAACAGCCUGGAGGCUCUGCAGUGCGCCCUGCAGCUGGAGAAUGCUGUGAACGAGGCCUUAGUGGACCUCCACAAGCUGCCUACUGAGAAGAAUGACCCUUGUGAGUAUGUCCAGGACUAA